GCUCCAGCGCUGCGCCCUCCCCCGGGCUGGUCGUGCCUCGCCCCUAGCCGGGGGCCCCUGCGCCUCUCGCCCCCUGGUGCCUGCGCUGCCCUCCCAGCCCCCAGCCCAGACCCACAGCCAGGCCGAGGAACCGGCCCGCUAGCGAUGGCUGAGUAACCUCUGUGCGCACAGCCCGCUCCCGAGCCUCGGCUGUGCUGGGGCUGUAGCCCGCUGCCCGAUUUGGGUGCAGUUUGUCAUCUCCUUCCUCUUCCCCUAACUGGCUCCACCAGGCAUCAUGAGGUUUCUUAGUGACUUUCUCUCACCUUUUGAUGCCUCCAAAGAAGAAAUGCAUCCGCCAGGCCCGCAAGGCACAACUGCGGUUCCUUGAAACUCCAAGAGAGGGGCCUACACAUCACUAUGGAUCUCCACUGCCUUUGGCUGAGAACCCAAGACAUGUUUCUACCAAACCUCUAGACCAGAAUGCCUCCAUCUCAUGGGUGUCUCCACAGUUUGAAAGCACUGUGUCAACAGGCUUCAAGAGAUUUCAGAAGCACCGCCAUGUUGCCCACAGCUUCCAGAGCCGGGAUGAUAGUCGUGGUUUCCUCCAUGUGGGAGGAGUGUGUCGGAAACGAACAGUCUGCAAAUUUCCUCCUUUAAUGUUUGAGGCUCCACAGGCACACCCCUAUGCUGGAGCAACAGGGUACUCAGACUCUUGUGAUAACCCAGGGAAUUGUGCAAAGACAUGCCAUAUCCAGCCAAAGAGGGGCACUGCAGCAAAGCCCAGUACCUCAAUGGGCAAGCCUAAGAGCUGUAGAAAAGGGGCCUCUCAGUUUCCUAACCAGGAUGCUGAGCCAGAUGUCUUCAGUCCACCAGAUCUACGGACUCCAGAGCUGCCCUCUGUGAGAAGCUAUGGAUGCAGUGGUACUCUGCCACAGAUGAACACCCUCUCUCCGAAUCCACAUAGUGGCCUUGAUCUCUGUGCUGAUACCACUGAGAGCCUUGAACCAACAUCUGUACUGGUCAAGGAUACCCCAGAGCAUGAGUACGGAGUGAAGGUAACCUGGAGAAAACGAUCUCACCUGAUGAGAUACCUGAGGGAGAAGGGGAUGCUGAGCCCAAGUGACAUCCUAGUGAAGACUGUAAGGGCUGAUCCCAGUCAGUGCUGAUCCCUUUGGAAAAAGGACACGCUGCCUUUGACUUGAGGGGCACAAUAAUUGAAAUCCCUCUUUGCUGGCUACAAAAGCAACGGGCAUUGCUAAGCCUAGUUGGGAGAUCAGUGACAGGAUAAAGAGAAGAACCAGGACUUGUACUGUAGGCUAAGACUGCUUGGUGCUGCAGAGAGAUGCUUCCCCCCCGGAGUGCUGUCUAAUCUGACGGAAGAUCAGUCUUUACUGGAUAGUGAUGGGCGGGGGCGUGGCUGAGAGGUUCCUAUUCUCCAAGAGACUUUCUAUACCGACCCCCGGACGUGUCCUUCCCAGUUGGCCCGCUCUCCCCAUACCUCGUCUUGGGUUUUCAGCCCCUCCCCACCGCCGCCUGGGCCCUGCUCUCUUUGUAGGGGUGGGAUGCGCUUUUCGCACACUGCUCCAGCUGCCCACGCUGGCGUCUCUGUGUCCAGCCUGUUUGCCCCUCCCCGCACGGCCAUUGAGCUACCUCCGCAGCCCCACCUCGUUGGAGCCUCCGCUGCACAGCUGCCGCCGGGGUGCCUGGCACGAGCCAAGAGGGGGUGGUCCCACGGCCACCUUGCAAUAGGCAUGUGCGGGUUCUGCCCCACCCCUUCCAGGCACCAGCCAAUGAACGCUCCGGGUCCUCAGUGCCGGGUGCGGUUGCUAAGGGCAGCGGCGACGACCAGGGCUAAGCGCGAGUGGCCGGGAUCCCAUGGCAACGGCGGGGGUGAGGAUGGAGAGCGCGGGGGACCGGGCCGGGCCCCGCGGGGGCAGGUGAGACCCGGGGAGGGAGGUGCGCGGGCGGAGUGGCUCGGGGGUCACCAGAGACCAAGGGUCCGCCCUGCAGCUCCCGGGGCCGACGGGGUUUCGUUGGUACUGAGUGAGGCGCAGUGGGCUCAUCCGUCAUAGAUGCCGCUGACGGUCCCGGCCAGCAGCACCUGGAUAUGGCCUCCCCCACUACCAGACGCCACAAUCGCAACCCCGUUAAAUGUUUCCUUCCCCCCCCUUGCUUGUGUGGAAAACCUACCCAGUCAGGCUGGGCAAUGGCCUCUCCCAGCAGACAGGGCACCAAAUAAACUCAUUGCACACGGGAAUGGCUUGGCUUGGUUUAGUUCAUUACAGGAUUUUAAUCUCUGGAGUUAAUUGCAGCCCUAGGAGAUAAAACGAUAAACUGAUGUCUUGAAGUUGAUGAUGUUCCUGACUGUGAUGUACAAUUUUUCAAUAUCAGUGUGUGUGCAGCUCAGCCCCUCACAUACAAAGAGAGCACUUACAGGGGAAGGGUUAAAAUAUACCAGAUGUAUUGAAAAAUUCUCUGCACUUCAAGGUCCCUGCCCCCCAGUAGCCCCUUCUUUUCCUGAAUUUUGUCACACCAGGUCUAGAUGAUGUGGAUAAAUAUCUCUGUCAGGCAGCCGGUCUACACUAAUGUUCCAAUAGUUGCUGCAGUGGUGGGGAAUUUUAAGAAAAGGCUGGUCUCUCCACACAAACGUUGAACCAUUUUAAUUUUAUCAGUAUAAUUAAAUUAGUACAGCCUGCCUAGCAGGGGGUGCAGUAUACUGUACUCCUAAGGAAAUUCUAUGCCAAAAAAUAAAAAUUCUGUGCACAAUAUUUUAUUUAUUGUGGAGAAUUUGCAGAAUUUUUAAUGUGGAGGCUCCUGCAUGGCCGUGAGGACUGAGGAGCAGCACAGGCUGCUGGCUGCACAGACAUGGGAGAUCACCCUGCAGCCCCCCCUGCUCCCCAGAAACUCAGCAGUGAGGCUGCACCCAACCCAGACAUAGCACAAGGGCCAGGCCUGCCCCGGAAAGACCCUUGCCCCUCUGUGCCAGGUGCACC